AUGAGUUCGACAUCUGCAGCCGACAGACACAAUGCGAGCGACACCAUGAGCCCGCCGAACGAGUCGAGCAACAGGGCGAAGCGCAAGAGCGAGGAUGGGACUCCGCAGGCACGGGCGAAGCGCAACCGAUACAUCUCCAUCGCCUGCAAUGAGUGCAAGAGACGCAAGAUCAAGUGCAACGGGCAGACGCCGUGCCAGCGCUGCGGCAGCCUCAAUCUCGAGUGCUUGUAUGCGCCGAACUGCUGCAACAACUUCAAGGAGUCGGAUGAGUGGGUGGCGACAAGAGGAAGAGAAGUGCAGGACAUGGCUGACUUGCGCAGGUUCAAGCAGAUGUCGGCGCAUAUAAGCUCCCUCCAGCAGCAGGUCGACGAUCUCUUCCACAAUCUCAGCUCCCUACAGUCACAGGUCGAAGUGCACAGCAAUGACUCAAUGGGGACACCCUUCCACCCCCAAGAGUACCAGCAGACGCCCAUGCUUCCUCCCUCGUCCACGCGCUCACGAACCAAGUCCUUCAGCAAGCAUCCUCGCUUUCACGGCCCCACGUCGAGCGCGUUCAACCUUGGAGUGGCUAGGUCGAGCUUGAAGACUAUGGGCAUAACAGCGGGCGAAGAUGGGGAAGACGAGGGCGUCGUGACCCACGACGCGACACCUAGGCCCUCCCCACCUAUCCCCAAUACAAUCCUGUCGCUGCCGAAACAGAUGCACGCGGACAAAGACCCGAUAUGGUCGAUAUCUAAGCACGAAGCUAUACGACUAGUACACGUGUGGCACGAAGAGAUGGGUGUCAUGUAUCCCAUUUUAGAGGUUGAGAAAGUGCUCCGGUAUACUGAAAUGCUCUUUUCCUUUGUAGAGGCUGCCCAUCGGUCUGGUCUUAUGCAAGGUGCUUUACCAGGCGCUGAUGCUAUCAUGGACGACCAGACCAGCGUGUUGAAGCUCGUACUCGCAAUCACCCUAGUUUUGGAAGGAAGAGGGAAGGACCCACUGGGCGAAAAGCUCUUUGAAAACGUACACAAAGUCGUGGAGAAGACAUCGUUAAGUGAGCCUGUCAGCCUCCAGGGAAUCAAUCUGCUAGCCCUGACCGGCAUGUAUUACUUUACUCGGGACGAUGAACAGAUGGCCUGGCGCGUCGUAGGCCUCGCUGCACGCCAUUGUCUAGAGCUGGGCUUGCACCGUCGGGAAACAUAUGCUGCACUUUUCCCUGACCCAGAUGAGCAAGCAUCAGCUAUUCGAACCUUCUGGUCCAUCUAUGUUCUUGAUCGACGGUGGAGCUUUGGCACUGGAAUGCCAUUUGCCUUGCAAGAUGCUGACAUUGACGACAACCUUCCGAAGCCGGACGUAUCGACACAUGAAUCUACUCCGUACCUCAACUCCAUGAUAUCCUAUAGCAUCAUCGGAUCAAAAGUAUGGAAGUCAGUCGCGGACGUGACAUUCCAAGACAAAAUCAGCAAGGAAGACAUAUCCUUCCUAGAUUUUCAAGUUCUCAACUGGCAUCGGAUGAUUCCCGAGUCUUUAAAAUUCGUACACCCGGAUAGCGGCAGGCAAAUCGAACCGCCUCCACGCGUUCUUCAUCGCCUGCAAGUCGUCCUCUACCUUCGAGCAAAUCAAAUGCGGAUACUUAUAUACCGCCCCGUGCUCCACACAGCGACUACCAUCAUGGAGAAUAUGGAGUUCGCGCAUGUUGUUGUCAAGGUGGCCAAGGACACCAUUCGAAUAUUAACGUACAUCAACCAAACAUCUGACAUUUACAGAAGUCAGCAAACCAUGUUCAACUACUUCCUCAUAUCAGCGCUUGCUGUUUUAUUUUUGGCGGUCGCCCAUGCACCGGCUGAUUUUAGUCAAACAUCCCGUGACGAGUUUUACAGGGCUCUGGAACUUGUGCGUGGACUGUCUUCCGACUCUUACGUUUCGAAGCGCCUCUGGAAGACUAUCAAGACGCUCAAGGAGGUUGGACCGCGGCUCGGCCUGGUCGUUAGGAAUGACGACACAACUGAUGCGCACUCAUCCGCCGCUGUAGCAAUGGCGGGUCUGGCGGGCCAUCAGGUUGAUGAACUUGCGCUGUUCUCGAAUGGCCGCCAUGGCGGUGGCCUAGACACGCCGCAUGGUAUGGCGAGCGAUCUAACGACGCUGUUUGAGGCCGCUGGAGGCACGUUUCAAUUAAACGGAUUUGGGGGUCCGUCGGCGGAGAUGCCGAAUGGAGAGUUUGUGAAUGCGUUUGGCCCAGAGACGGAUGAGUUGGCGAGGAUUAUGAGAGAUUUGUUCUGA